ACCAGCUAUCGUUUACACAGGUAGGCCGUCCCUACCCCGGACUAGUUACAGGUAUGCUACGAUAGCAUAAGGUUUAUGUAAUUGUCGAUAGCGAGCUAUCAUCCACUGCCGAAAUUUAACCUAUUUUACUACUAAGACGAGUUAUGCUGCCGGUGAUCGUAGGCGGGCUUACACACAGGAACAACAACGACAGUUUGAUGAGUGUUGUAAUCCAUAAUUGGAAGCACCUAUCGUACUGACAGUAUCUUUGGAGUAUUUACUCAAUUUAUUACGUGAAAGAUUAGCCUAUGCCUGAGUCAACUUCCAAUAAGAAGAAAUAUAGCCGUGAUUCUGUUCCUGCGAACCACUGGGCAAGGAGAUACAGGAUGAUCACAAGCAUUGAUGAUUUGAAGUCCUUGCGAUUUUGGAAGGCUGUUGGUGCCGAGUUUCUCGGGACUUUGUUACUAGUAAUUGUAGGAUGUGGAUCUUGUGUUGCUUGGGAUGCUGAUAAUAAAGUUGUCCAAAUCGCCUUCUGUUUUGGACUCAGUGUCGCCACAAUUGUCUGGAGUAUCGGUCAUGUAAGCGGGGGACAUAUAAACCCGGCGGUCACGUGUGCAUUCUUCAUCACGCGCCAAAUAAGCUUGGCACGUGCAGUUCUCUACAUAGUAGUCCAAUGUUUGGGUGCAAUAAUUGGAGCUGGGUUGUUGAAGGGAAUGACACCCACCCGCCGCCAGGACAGUUUGGGUGCCACCGUGCCGCACAAUGACGUCGAUGGUGGCAAAGCUUUUGGAAUUGAAUUUUUUAUCACUUUUAUCUUGAUCUUUACCAUUUUUGCGACAUGUGACAAAAAACGUAAGGAUCUUGGUGGCUCCUUUCCCCUGUCCAUCGGCCUGUCUGUUACCAUGUGUCACCUGUUUGCGAUCCAGUUCACAGGAGCCAGCAUGAACACUGCCCGUAGUUUCGGACCCGCGGUUGUCAUGGGGAUUUGGGAUAAACACUGGGUUUAUUGGUUAGCCCCGCCCCUGGGAGCAUGCUGUGCCGCUCUUCUCUACGACAACGUGUUUUCCAUGAAUGCGUCACUUGAAAAGGCACGUGGAUUCCUUCUGUCCAGUGACUACGAUCACGAGGACUUUCCCGCCAAACGUAAAAAGGUCAAGGUGAUUCACGAAGAAGCGGAAGAACAACUCAAUGUCGACAUGAAUCAGAAAACAUCGGAAACAGCUUAAGCGUAACCAUGGAAGCGUAUCCGAGUCAUAUUCUUGAUUAUGGCAAUACUGAUAUUGGAAUCAUAGGUAGCUUUUAAAAGUUUUUAACGAGAGUGGUUUCCCUUUAAAAUCACGUUGACAGGUUGGCAAUUGAUCGACACUUCCGGUAAUUUUCGGAAAUCAACUCCAGAGAAGUUACGAGUAGUACUAACCAGUCACAGAUUACUAACAAUGUUAAGCUUGGACGAAAGUUAAUGUAAGUAAGUUGUCUCCCCUUGUAGACGAUAAUGAUACAUGUCGACACGCCGAUAUCAUAGAACAUUUUCCUUUCACUAAAAUAUACACAGCGGAAUGAAUCUGAUGAGGGAGGACAGCAAACUUUUUGAAAUGGCGGUUCCCGGAAGUAUUUCUAAUCGUAUCCUGUUGUCACACCGAGUGUUUACAUAGAGUUGGUACUGUAUACAAAUCGGCGUUAAGGAGUGUUGGGCUGACUUGAUAAAGAUGUAAAUCGGCGUUAAGGAGUGUUGGGCUGAGUUGAUAAAGAUGUAAAUCGACGUUAAGGAGUGUUGGGCUGAGUUGAUAAAGAUGUAAAUCGGUGUUAAGGAGUGUUGGGCUGAGUUGAUAAAGAUGUAAAUCGACGUUAAGGAGUGUUGGGCUGAGUUGAUAAAUAUGUAAAUCGGCGUUAAGGAGUGUUGGGCUGAGUUGAUAAAGAUGUAAAUCGGCGUUAAGGAGUGUUGGGCUGAGUUGGUAAAAAAUUGUGAAUCGAUGUUAUCGAGUUUUGGAUUAAUUUGAUGAAAAUAGAAAUUGGCAACAAGGAAAUUUGAAUCGUUUUGAAAAAGAUGUACAUGUAAAUUGACGUUAAGGAGUUUUAUGCUGAUUUGUAAAAAGAUUUAAAUCGGCGUUAAAGGAAUUUUGUGCUGAUUUGAUAAAGAUAGAAAUUGGCAUCAAGGAAAUUUGAAUUGGAUUGGAAAAGGUGUACAUGUAAAAGGCAAUGUUAAAGGAGUUUUUUGCUGAAUUGGUAAAGAUGUAAAUUGGCGUAGAGGAGUUUGUGUUGAUUCUAUAAAGAUGUAAACUAGCAUUAAGGAGUUUGUGCUGGUUUGAUAAAGAUGUAAAUCGGGGUUAAGGAGUUUUGUGUUGAUUUGAUAAAGAUGUAAAUUGGCGUUAAGGAGUUUUAAGCAGAUUUGAGGAGAUGUAAUUUGGUAUUUAGAAGUUUUGAGGAGAUGUAAAUCGGUGUUAAGGAUUUUUGUGCUGAUUUGAUAAAGAUGUAAAUCUGUUUCUUUUAUAUUUUGUCUUGUUGAAAAAAAGUGCAUUUAUAGGGAAUAUCGGAUGACACCCGGGGGGCCAUAUCGAUGUAUUUCCUUGUUGAACAAAAUACAUUUUUCAGUGAUUUUUUUUUACGUUUUCUGUUAAAGUCACCUAUUCAUAGUUAGAAACACGUGUUUGUAGGUAACACGUGUAUCUAUAAAUACAACGUGUGUAUCACAAGUAUCACGUCUUUAAAUAUUCUGUAUGAAUGUAAACAUCUAUUUGUACCACGUGAUAUAACCACAUGCUUGUAACACAUGUACCACGUGUUUGUAUAAAAUAUCUAGAACGUGUUUGUAAAAUGUAUCACGUGAUAUUUACCACGUAUAUGUAAUAACUACCACGUGAUUGCAUUAUAUAUAUAUCGUGGUUGUAAUAUGUACCACGUGAACGCAAUAUGUAUCACGUGGUUGUAAUGUAAUAUGUACCACGUGAUAUAUACCACGUAGUUGUUAUAUGUAUCACGGAUUUGUAAUAUGACAAAUUAGUAUAAACCAAAUUUGGCGGCAUCAAUAUCUAAUCUGAUUACAACACGCUCUAAGUAUUUGAGAGUUACUUCCCUUUAAGCUAAGUUUUAUGUUGAUAAGCACUUGCGAUGUUUGUUCUUUUCUGCCUGUGAUCUGUAUAUCAUUGUAUGGAUUUAAUUAUGAUAAUUAAAUUAAUUACUAAAAAUGUUAAUUAUGAAAUUUUUAGAAAGUAGCGAUAUAAUAUAGAUCAACCGUUCUUAUGUUAGAUAUGCCUCCCCGGUUUGCUAUUACUACGAUAUAUAUAAGACCCCGUAUAUUUCAACGUUUGAAUACCUGUUUUUGAUCCCUGGAGUAUGUAAGUGUAUAUGUAUUCACACUGUAUUGUAAUGUAUAAUACUCUGUUCAAAAUUUAUUGAUUGUAAUGAAUAUUCAUUAACUUAACUGUUGUACACUUCGUUUGCAUUUACCAAUGGAUAUGAAUAUUCAUAAGUUAGCUGCUGUACACUUCGUUUUCUUUUUUCAACUACUAUGAAUAUUCAUAAGUUAGCUGUUGUACACUUCAUUUUCUACUUUCAAUUCAUAUGAAUAUCUUUGAGAUAUCUGUUGUACACGCCAUGUUACUUGAUCUAUUGAUAUGAAUAUUCAUUAGGUUGAUGUAUGUCUGUAUAAAUUGAUCUUAUUAAAGUAAUUCUGUUGA